CUGGUGUAUUAUGAAGUGACUGGAUGGGCAGAUAUGUCCUUCCAUUGUCAAUUCUAUCCCCAUUCUAGCCUCCUCACUCAGCCUCUCUCCCAGCCUGUGACUGGUAAAAUAAAAGUAACCUUUGUUUUCUUUUGGUUAUUUCUCUCUGACCACCCUCUCUCCUCAUUGGCCUUUUCGCACCCACUGGAUUUGAAAUAUUUAAAUCUUCAAUCGUGAUUUUAUAUAUAUAUAUAUAUAGGGGGGAGAGAGAGAUUGUGUUUAAUUAGCUUCAACUAGAUUUUGGGUUUUCUGGGUAAUAGCAAGUAGUCUUAUGAGCUGAUUCUCCUGGGUCUUAGGUAGGGUUUAAGGUGUGUUUGGAAAUUGAGAAAACGAAUCAAAAAGAGAGAAAAUAAAAAAGAGGGAAAAGAGGGGUCUUUUUCUCAAAUACUACUAUAAAUUUACACAGAUCCCUAUGGAAUGAGGGGUGCUACCCAGCAUUUGCUUGCUGAAAAUUCAUUCUUUUUGUAUUAGUUUUUAAAACCCUUUAAAAGGGACUAGUUUUUGUUCUUUGUGGGGGAUGAGAAUGAUGAUGUGCAUAGAUUGAAGCGAGUUUUGUGCUCGGCUCCGAGAACAAAAGCAGGAGAGAGAAAGAAAAUAGAGGAAGAAGAUGAAGUCUACAAAUGACAACAACAAUGGCAGCAAUAGUCAUAAUAACAACUGGUUGGGUUUCUCUCUCUCACCCCACAUGAAAAUGGAGGUUUCUUCAAACCCUCAUCAUCAGUACAGUCAUCAUCUUCAUCAACCUCAGCAAGUUCUUCCUUCUAGCUUCUAUAUCUCCCCUUUUUCACACCUCAACAGCGCUGCAAUCUGUUAUGGGGUUGGAGAAAAUGGUGGCUUUCACUCACCCUUGUCUGUAAUGCCUCUCAAGUCAGAUGGAUCUCUCUGUAUCAUGGAAGCUCUCAGUAGAUCACAACCACCACCACCACCACCACAAGGUAUGGUGCCAAACACUUCCCCUAAACUUGAGGACUUUCUUGGUGGUGCAACAAUGGCAGCCCACCACCAAUACAGUACCCAUGAGAGAGAAGCAAUGGCUCUAAGCUUAGACAGCAUGUACUACCACCACCAAAAUGCCGAUCGACAAACCAACAGGCAACAACAACAGCAAGAGAUGGAUGAAGUUCAACAACCCCACCAUUAUUACUAUGGACUCUCAUGCAAUGAUGGGUUGUACCAACAGACACCAUUGGAGGAGCAGAGAGAAGAAGAAACCAGGGAGACCCAACUUGCAGACUCAGAUAAUACCCAGAUCAGUGCUUGCCUGAAAAAUUGGAUUGUGGUGGAGGAUUGUGGUGGCGCGUGUGGGUCAGGUGGUGGUGCAGUGGCUGGUUGUGGGGAUUUACAGUCUCUGAGCUUGUCAAUGAGUCCUGGUUCUCAGUCAAGCUGUGUCACAGCUCCAACCCAGAUCUCACCUACUGGAACUGAGUCCACAGUCAUGGAAACCAAGAAGAGAGGGUCUGCAAAAGUUGCUCUGAAGCAACCUGUUCAUAGGAAGUCUAUUGACACAUUUGGGCAGAGAACCUCUCAGUAUAGAGGUGUUACAAGACAUAGAUGGACUGGUAGGUAUGAAGCUCAUUUGUGGGACAAUAGUUGCAAGAAGGAAGGACAGACCAGGAAAGGAAGGCAAGUUUAUCUGGGAGGUUAUGAUAUGGAAGAGAAAGCUGCAAGGGCUUAUGAUCUUGCCGCGCUUAAAUACUGGGGGCCCUCGACCCAUAUUAACUUCCCAUUGGAGAAAUACCAAGAACAACUUGAGGAGAUGAAGAACAUGACCCGCCAAGAAUAUGUUGCUCACUUAAGAAGGAAAAGUAGUGGAUUCUCUAGGGGGGCUUCGAUGUACAGAGGAGUAACAAGGCAUCAUCAGCAUGGAAGAUGGCAAGCUCGGAUUGGGAGAGUCGCUGGAAACAAGGACCUUUAUCUUGGGACUUUCAGCACUCAGGAGGAAGCUGCAGAAGCUUAUGACGUAGCAGCAAUCAAGUUCCGUGGAUCCAAUGCUGUGACGAACUUUGACGUAUCGCGUUACGACGUGGAAAGGAUCACAGCAAGCAAUACCCUGCUUGCCGGAGAUCUUGCUAGGCGAAACAAAGAGAGAGAGCCAAGCAAUGAAGUCAUCGAGUAUCACUCUUCGGGCCAAAACAAUGAAGACCUGCCUGUCCAGCCCGCGAGCAACAAUGCAAAUGUUUCGGAUUGGAAAAUGGUGUUUUAUCAAUCGCCACAACAACAGCAACAACAAAAUGUAAUUGUGGAUGAGAAACAGCUCUGUACAGGGAAUUAUCGGAGCUCUGCUUUCUCAAUGGCUUUGCAUGAUUUGAUCGGGAUCGAUUCAGUGAAUUCGAGCCAGCCGAUCAUGGAUGAUGAGUCAGCUAAGCUCGGGGCUCAUUUUUCAAAUACUUCCUCUUUGGUUACCAGCUUGAGCAGCUCAAGGGAAGCUAGCCCGGACAAAAAUAGCCCCUCUAUGUUCUUUGCAAAGCCUCCGUUGGCAGCGAAGUUCGUGGGCCCUGCUCCAACAAUCGGUUCUUGGAUUCCAUCAGCAGCAGCCCAGCUGAGGGCUGCUGCUCCUCUCACCAUGGCUCACUUGCCUGUUUUUGCUGCUUGGAAUGAUACCUAAAUGGUCUUCUCCCUAUGUUUGUUACACAAGAAAGUUUUGCAUGAACAAGAAAGAAAAAAAGAAAAAAAGAAAGAAAGAAAUUGGUGUUGGGUGGUGGAAAAAGGUUGAUGUAGGGUUUUGCUCUUUUUUUUUGGAUGGUCUUAGUUGGGUGAAGUGAAAUUGGGGGGAUCAAGUGGGGAGACAAUUGUGGGGACCUAGUUAUCUGUCUGUAACCCGAGUGCUGGGAAGCUUUUUUUUAUUUUUAUAAUCUAACUAAACCUUUUGGCUUUUGGCUCAUAUUGGAAUGAAGAUUUUGCAAAAUGGAGGGAAUGUUAAAGA